AUGUUUCCUGAACUGGGAAUCGAGUAUUACAGGCUAAACAUCGAUCUUCCCUAUUCUGAACAGAAACCAGUGGAUGCUAUUCUCCAUAAACUCUCAGAUCAGGUGGGAGUUCCAAGCGAAGAAAAUGAUCGGAUGAUUGCUUGGUUCCGAGAGACCCAGAAGCUACACCCGAACCUGAUGUUUAUUGACAACUGUGAGAAGCUGGAUAUCUUUGUUCGUCGCUCCUACUCCUACGAAGUAGCUACCCAAGCCAUCCAGAAUGGACAUCUAAGUGAUGUUCUCUCCGUUCCCAAAUACGCCGUACUCCCAAGGGGUGAAAACAUUCGAGAGUUCCUAGAACGUGAAAGUUCGCCUUCUUGCUCCCUUCCACUCAUAGAGAUUGCUCUGCCUAUUCUAGUCAAGCCGGAAUGGCAAAACGGAGAUUCGACUCAUGUGAUUGAAGUGAUCAUCUCUCCCAGCUCUCUCCCCGUGUCCUAUGACAUCGACAUGGUGAUUCAAGAGUAUAAAGACCACAACGGCGUGAUUUACAAAGCCUACGCGAUCGCCGACAAGGCGUUUUUAGAGAUUCGAUACUCCCUCCCGAACAAUCCGAUCGACAAGUAUACGAUCGACCGCUUGAAGAAGUGCCCAUUGUCGUUUUCGAAAUCUGCGGAGGUCGAAACGAAAAACAACGAGAUCAUCCACGGAAAGCCUGUAGAGACGGAGAGUCUGACGCUCGAGCUGGUCACGAAGUAUGUGACGGAGAUUGAGAAGAUUCUACAGAUGGACUUGAUCGGUGUGGAUUUCAUUGUGGAUUCCGCGGAUCCUGGACGCGUCUUCUGUAUUGACGUGAAUUUAUUCCCUUCUUUUACCGGGUUUCCCGAUGUUUCUCGAGUGUUUGGGGAGUUUAUUCUUCGAAAGUGUGCAAAGUGUUUUGUUUGUUGCAGAGACUAUCUUUGGAUGGAGAGGCAGGCUGUCAAUUGCAUACCAAUUGUUGGGAAACACAAUUAG